AUGGCUUCAAGGGUUUCUCUCUCUGGUUCCCUCUCCUCGGAGUCCGACUCCUCCUUGCCGUCUCUGCCGCCACCCCCUGCUCCCGCGCCGCGGCGACCGGUGCUCAAAUCCAUCAUCGUGCCGCAGGUCCUGGGCACGGCCUUCGACCCGCUCGUCCAGGGUGGCAGGGCAGGGCCGUCGCACGCUGCUGUUCCUCUGCCCUUGCCGGACGGGGGGUGGCGAACCAAGGCUGGUCGUCGCCCGCGGGCCACGCGGGCUCCUGCUCCCCAUGAGCGCAAGCGGCACAUCUCGGCGGACUGCACGAACCUGUUGUUCUGCGUGUGGUGCCAUGGGGUGGGGCACAUCUCGCGCGGCUGCACUCGCCCUCACAUCCCUUCUCUGGUGGAGCAGCCGUCGCGUCCUCCGCCCGCCCUUUGGUGCAGGAUGGCUGUCGACCGCACCUCGCCAUCGCCACCGUCACCGCCAAGGUGCUCGCUUUCCCCUCCACUGCCACCACCGCCACCUGGCCCGCCGCCUCCUGGUGCUGUCCGGCUCCGGAGUGACGUCGUGCGCGUGUCGCCCGUGCCGCGGCCGUCUUCUGUGUGCGCGCUGCCUCAGCUGCGGCUGCCGUCUGUGGGAGAUGCGGCGGGGCCUGAGUUCUUGGCGCCUUUCGGCAUGGCGGAGGCAGGGCUGUCGCGGCAGGAUCUCGCUCGUGAGGACAUGGUGGAGGACUGCUUCCUGGAAGCGGCCGAAGAUACGUGA